GCGGACACUCUGCAGCCCCAGUCGGACGGAAGAGACGGAAGAGCCUGGGCCGCGACCACCACGCACCGAGAACUCGGAGCCUCGCCGUCCGCCCGAGGUCCCGGGGCCCUGGCCGCGGGCCGAGGGGAGCCGGGCUGCUGAAGGGGAGCUCCGAGCUCGGCCGAGUGGCAGCCGGCAGGGCGUUUUCCCCGCCCCCGGCGCCCGGCCCGCCCGGAGCGCGGGGAGGUCACCUCCUCCCGUCACCUCCUCCCCCGUCGCCCGGGUCCACCCGGGCCCCCUCCUCCGGGCCGCCCCCAAACACGAACUUGGCGGGAGCCUAUAAAAGCCGGUGCCGGCGCGGCCCGCGGACACACGGUGCGGACGCCCCAGCAGCCGCCGCUAGACCCGCGCCAACUCCUGCCCUGCCCCGACCGCCGGCGCGACCAUGUCCCAUCGCUGGGGAUACGGCGAGCACAACGGACCUGAGCACUGGCAUCAGGACUUCCCCAUUGCAAAGGGAGAGCGCCAGUCCCCUGUUGACAUCGACACCAAAGCAGUCAAGCAUGACCCUUCCUUGAAGCCUCUGAGUGUUUCCUAUGAACAGGCGACUUCUCGGAGGGUCAUCAACAAUGGUCAUUCUUUCAAUGUAGAGUUUGAUGACUCCCAGGACAAAGCAGUGCUGAAAGGAGGACCCCUCGACGGCACUUACAGACUGGUUCAGUUUCACUUUCACUGGGGUUCAGCUGACGGGCAUGGUUCUGAGCAUACUGUGGAUAAAAUGAAAUAUGCUGCAGAACUUCACCUGGUUCACUGGAACACCAAAUAUGGGGAUUUUGGAAAAGCUGUGCAACAACCCGAUGGACUGGCUGUUUUGGGUAUUUUUUUGAAGAUUGGCAAUGCUAAACCAGGCCUUCAGAAAGUCCUUGACGUACUGGACUCCAUUAAAACAAAGGGCAAGAGUGCUGACUUCACUAACUUCAAUCCUCGUGGCCUUCUUCCUGAAAGCUUGCACUACUGGACCUACCCAGGCUCCCUGACCACCCCUCCCCUUCUGGAAUGUGUGACCUGGAUAGUGCUCAAGGAACCCAUCAGUGUCAGUAGUGAGCAGAUGUCAAAAUUCCGUAAACUCAGCUUCAAUGCGGAAGGUGAACCUGAAGAACCCAUGGUGGACAACUGGCGGCCGUCUCAGCCACUGCACAACAGACAAAUCAGAGCUUUCUUCAAAUAAGAUGGUCCCACAGCUGGUGUCCAAAUAAUGAAUCUGCAGGUGUUUUCCUUUAGCUAAGCACAAAUCUACCUUGGUGAUUUGGACCCUGGCUGCUUUGUGUCUGGUUUUCUAGACCCUUCGUCUCUCACCUGAUGUGCUUACUAAUAAAAUGUGAAGAGCUAGACCAACUGUCAUGCUUGACAGAACUGCUGUGAUGGGUAGUUUGUUUGUGGUAGUAGCCUUUCUGUAAUAGAGAAUAUGAUGUAAGGAAUGGGAAUAAAGUAACUUGACUUCAUUCAUUGCUUGUAGGGUGACGGCCACUCACAACUGUUCACUAAAAUCCUAUUUUUAAAACAUGGAAAAGUAGAAUGAGUGAGUGCAAAUCUGUGUCAUGAGAUACAUUGAGCUAGUUAAGGCAAAUCAGGUAAAAUAGUCAUGAUUCUAUGUAAUGUAAAUCAGAUAAGGUAAAUAUUCAUUAUUCCAAGAUGUUAUAUUAAAGAAAAACUUUUAAAAUUCUUAUAUAUUUGUAGCAAAGUUAUCUUAAAUAUAUAUUAUGUUGUAA